CAUGAAUAAAAAAUACUUCAUCAUUUUACUUGUAUUUUUUUUCAUUAAAAAAAUUCAUGGUUGUCAUCCUGCUGGUGGCGGGUGUAGUAAUAAUUCAAAUUAUAAAUGUGGUGUUCAGGUUAUAGAUUCCAAUUUGUUACCAAAUUCUAUGCUUAAAAUGACAGUUCAAUCUCCUGAUAUGGAAGACAAUUUGGGAGUAUCAGCAAUAGGCCACUUUAGUAUGCACGUUGAUAAUAAUGGCGGUGGGUAUAAAUUUUUUGAUAAACCUCGAUGGGUUAAUGGUUGUGGUUGUGCCAAAUGCGAAAAUAUACCUCUGCAAUACACAAUCUAUGAGGAAUUUGAUUUACCAACACCUCCAAAAGGAACUUGGUAUGAUAUUUGGGUUUCAAUAUAUUGGACUUGUGUAAACGACGCCGGACGUAGUAGAACUUGUAUUAGUGAAGAUAUUCACUACCGAGGUUAUGUCAAGUAGAAACUAAAUGAUACCGAUAUUUUUUUUUAUUUAUUUUAUUUUAAUUUAUUUUUGUAAUUAUUAUAAUUAUUAUUAUAGUUUAUAGUCCAUUAGUGUUAAAAUUUACUAUCAUAAAUAAAAUU